AUGGCGGCGGGGCUGCUGCUCAAGAUGGUCGGCUUCUGCGUCUGGGCGCUCUUCUGGCUCGCCGGCUCCGCCACCGUGAGCACGAGCACCACCGCCUUCGCCGGCGGCGAGGUGGUGGUCGUGGACGCGCGGUCCGCCAUCGCCGUCACCGACGACGACUUCGUCUGCACCACAUUGGACUGGUGGCCGCCGGAGAAGUGCGACUACGGCACCUGCAGCUGGGGCCUCGCCUCCCUCCUCAACCUGAAUCUCUCUAACAAAAUCCUGAUGAAUGCCGUCAAAGCAUUCUCCCCGUUGAAGCUCCGCCUGGGCGGCACUUUGCAAGAUAUGUUGAUAUACGACACCAGUGACUCUCGCCUACCGUGCACUCCAUUCGUGAAGAACGCAUCUGCGAUGUUUGGUUUCUCACAAGGUUGUCUGCCGUUGCGUAGAUGGGACGAGCUCAACGCAUUCUUCCAAAAAACUGGGCCAAAAGUUAUUUUUGGGCUGAAUGCUCUGAAUGGCCGGGUCACAAUGCCUGAUGGUUCUUUAGGGGGUCCAUGGAAUUACACAAAUGCAGCUUCUUUUAUUCACUACACCGUGAACAAAGGAUAUGAUAUUCAUGGAUGGGAGCUUGGAAAUGAACUCAGUGGCAGUGGAGUUGGAGCUCGAAUUGAUGCAGACCAAUAUGCAGCAGACGUGAUCACCCUGAAACACAUUAUUGACAGCACCUACCAAAGCAACCCAUCAAAGCCUCUAGUAAUUGCACCAGGAGGCUUCUUUGAUGCAGCCUGGUUCACCGAACUCAUCAGCAAAACAAAGCCAAAUCAAAUGGAUGCUAUCACUCACCAUAUCUACAAUUUAGGCCCUGGGGUUGAUGAUCAUCUGGUUCAGAAAAUUCUUGAUCCUUCUUACCUCAAUGGCGAGGCGAGCACAUUCAGCAAUCUUCAGGGGAUACUGAAAUCUGCAGGUACAUCCACUGUCGCCUGGGUUGGCGAGGCUGGAGGGGCUUACAACAGUGGCCACCACCUUGUAACUGAUGCAUUUGUGUUCAGCUUCUGGUAUCUCGAUCAGCUUGGGAUGUCGGCAAAGUAUGACACAAAGACUUACUGUAGACAGACCUUGGUUGGAGGGAACUAUGGCCUGCUCAACACAACUACAUUUGAACCAAAUCCUGACUAUUACAGUGCUUUACUGUGGCAUCGCCUCAUGGGUACCAAGGUCCUCUCGACGACAUUCAACGGCACAAACAAGAUCCGUGCUUAUGCACAUUGUGCGAAAAAUUCAGAAGGGAUCACUCUGCUCCUGAUCAACCUUGAUGGCAACAACACAAACCACAUCUACGUUACGAGCCAAGGCGCACAGACCCAGAGUGCAAGGAAGGAGAUGUCUGAUCACAUUCCUGGGCUCGGGGAAGCAGCCGAGCUCACGAGACAAGAGUACCAUCUCACUCCCAAGGACAGGAACUUGCAGAGCCAACAAACGUUGCUGAAUGGCAUUGUUCUGGCAACUGACGCCAAUGGGGACAUCCCAAAGCUGGAGCCUGUGCAGGUGGUGGGAACACAGCCCAUAACCGUGGGUCCUUACUCCAUUGUGUUUGCUCACAUCCCCAGCUUCUAUGCUCCAGCCUGUAGUUAG